UCCAACACGCAGAGGAAUGCAAGAUCGGACCAAAACGAUCAAGGAAAAAUCACUCGGAGGAGAAAUUUCAAGAGGACAGGACGGUCUGGUCUGCUGACGAUCAAAACAUGUCAGAAUCCACUCAAGCAGACGUCUUAGAUGAAUCGACUCGAGAAAUGGUUGAGCUUCAAAGUUUGGCAGCCGAUAUUUCAAGGGGACUCAACAGAGCGCUUUUUAUAUGCUUCAUACUCGCCCGCCAUUCCUCUCAGGAGUCUGGUCCUGGUCGCCGCCGCAAUCCUCUGCGAGUACCUGAAAAUACACAGCCUCCUGGUCAGAGACACAGCUUGGACCCCAACACUGUUCCUGCUCAACAAGAUGGGCAGCCAUCAUCAUCACGGACUCAACACUCUGCAGCUUCCAUGGUUCAGCUGCCUCAGGUGCCCUCUGUCCGUAUAGAUCUGAACAGUCCGUAUCAGCACGAACAGCCAGCACAACCCCUACAAAUCAGAACUCGUUGGCUUCUUCCUCUACAUUUUGAUGAUUUCCCAUCUGAAUCUGAUGCAUUAGAACAGCGUCCGAAUCAAGCAGAAGCUCAACAAAUGCUAUCCUUAUCACCUGCAUGUACACGUCAAACAAGGAAGAGCGAAAAACAGUCCAGCCAAUCUGCCUCCAUCAAAAAGUGA